CAAUAUUAAGCAUAAUAAACUAAAAUUACUAGUAAAAUUAAAUUAAUGCUUCCAAAAUAGAAGUAUUUAAUUGCUUUUUUUAGCAAACAAAAGUUAACACCUAAGCAAAUCCUCUAUUUAUCUCAUCUUUUUACCAGACUACAGUAACAAUUUCCAAUUCCAACUUUCAUGACAAUUAAUUAAGUGGUCUUCUUAAUCCCUAAACAUAAUCAACUACUGCUAUUUAGGUAUUAAAUUCUGGAGGAGAUAUAAUACUUUAUAAUAACACUUUUUAAAACUCUAAGUCUAACUCAUAGUAUAAUUUUCUAUAUUUUUAGAGCAAUUCUACUAAGAUAAAUAAUUGUACAUUUAGCAAAUCUUCAUUUGACCUGA